AUGGACGAGCUCCAGAAGAAGAUCGAUGAGAGGGACGGGUCUCCGGAGCCCCAGGAUGUGCUGGCCUCCCCAUUUGCGAACACCAUCAUGGAGGAGCCCUUACCUCGAGAUUUUCGUUUUCCCACCAUCAAGGUGUACUCGGGGGCCACGGACCCGUGGGCACACCUCACCAGGUACAGGGCCGCCAUGAUGAUCAUCGGGGCUACUGACGCCAUCCUAUGUAGGGGGUUCUUCGCCACCCUGGACGGGCAGGCGCAUGAUUGGUUCGGAUCCCUCCCGGUGGGGUCCAUCUCCACCUUUGCGGACCUCACCCGGCAGUUCCUAUCCCAUUUUGCCACCAGCAUACAGCGGAAGAAGCAAAUUGCCGACCUGUGUGAUUUGAAGCAGGGGAGCUCGGAGUCACUAGCCGAGUACCUCAGCAAAUGGAAGAAAGAGGUCAUGGGGGUCGCCGACUUUGAUGGGAAGUCGGCCAUGGUGAUUUUCCGAAACAACUUGAGGUCAGGCGCUUUUCACCAGGACCUCAUCAGGUACCCCCCUAGGACCUAUACCGACCUGAUGGACAAGGCAGCAAGGUACGCUGACGCCGAGGCUGCCGAGAAGAGGAAGAAGGAACAGGAGGAAGGAAGAGGUCAAAAAGACAAGGCGCCCCAGGAGGAGCGCAAGGCGCCGCGGCCACACCGACGUGAGUACGCCGAGGGGCCCAGGCUGAACCCCACACACUAUCUCACCCCGCUGACACAACCUGUGGGUACCAUCUUGGCGCACGCGGAGGACCAGGGAAUCGUGAGACAGAUCGAGGAGCUCAUCCAAAUGGGUUACCUCGGCCAAUUCAUUAAGAGGCCCGACCAGGCACAAGGCCAGGCGCAGGGCCAGAAGCAAGGCAAGGUAUGGAGGAAGAGGGGUGGCCAGGCGCCAUCCACCUCGGCUCCCCGUAAGAGGGACCACCACGACAACAGCUCCGAGGAGGAGGAGAAUACGAUAGAGGACUCCCAGCCCCCGAGGAAACGUGCCAUCUACGUCAUCUUCGGGGGGGCCGAGGGAGGGGACUCGCCAGCCAAACGGAAGGGGUGGGCGAGAAGCUUGUACGUGGGGGAGGUCACACGAACACCCCACGAGAAUAAACCAGAGAGGGAGCCCAUCAUGUUCACCGACGCCGACCUACCUGACGGGCCCCUCCCCCACCGGGACGCCUUGGUUGUCAAGCUGGGCAUCAACAACGUGGUGGUGCACCGGGUGCUCGUGGACACGGGUAGCUCGGUCAACGUCAUGUACCACGACACAUUCACCCAGCUGAGACUCUCAAGAGGGCAGCUGGAGCAGGAGGAGGACCAUUCCCCUCCCCCAAUAAUGUCUUAG